UCAUUUUUAUGUCAUUUUAUUUCAUGGAAUUGACUGGAUUAUCACUGACUUUUGACAUUCUCUUGUUUGCAGGCAAGGAAGAUUCUUGACCACAUGGCCCAUUUGAAAUAUGCAGCAUCUGCAAUUUAUUAAGUUGACGGAUGACCGUGGAUGUUAUGCUUUUAUCAGAAUUUAUUAAUAAAGUAGAUCAUAUACAAUAAAAACUCUUAAAAUAAGGGAAGUCACAGCCAAAGAUCAGAAGUCAAAGGUUAAAUUUGUAUAGCAUUGGUCGAAGUAUAAACCAACGACCUUCAAUAUAAUCAUUCAAAGUCCAAAGGCUGACGUUUAAAUAUUUGAUGGAUUUAUCUUAAAAGGGAAGCUCCGAUAUGUUAUGGGUUUUUGUAACUCCUGUUAUAGCCAACAUUAGAUGGCGUUCUUUCUUCCUCUUGCUUUGUUUUCCUUUGCAAGAAUUUGUGCCACCCAGCCAGUCUUGGUCAAGCAUGUCUGCAUGUAUGAAGUAGGGAACUUCACUAGCAACAGCACUUAUAAGACCAAUCUCGAUCAUGUACUCUCCUCCAUUGCCACUGCCAAAGAUACUGGCAAUGGCUUGUACAAUUUUUCCUAUGGUCAAAGCUUGGAAUCAGCCAAUGCUAUUGGGCUCUGCCGAGGAGAUACGAAUCCUGAUAGUUGUCGAAGCUGCCUUAAUAACUCUAUAUAUCUUCUCACACAGCUAUGUCCUAAGCAGAAAGAGGCAAUUGCGUGGUAUGAUAUCUGUAUGCUACGCUUUUCAAGUCGUCCUAUUUUUGGUGCAAUGGAAGUUGAACCCCAAUACGUAUCAUGGAUAACAAACGACUUCAAAACACAGAGAGAUAUGUUCAAGCAGAACCUGAGAACAUUGCUGGAUAGGUUGAAAGAUAAUGCUUCUUCAGGUGGUUCUGUACGGAAGUAUGCAGCUGGAGAUAUAUUUGGAGAAGCCUUUGGUAGGAUAUAUGCACUUCUGCAGUGCACACCUGAUUUGUCUAAACUACAAUGUGAUGCGUGCUCAGAUUCAGCGUUCAAAACAAUUCCACCAUGUUGUAAGGUAGCUUGGAGAUAUUUUUCACCAAGUUGUAACGUUAGAUAUCAGGUGUCUCACUUCCUUGAGCCUUCUGCUGAAUUGCCACCACCGUUGCCGCUAAUUUUAGUUCCUUCAAGCAUUACCACGUCUUCAGAAGGAAUGAAGAAGAACGCCAUGCAAACUACCAUUGUAAUAGUUCUCCCAUUUGUGGCUCUUUUCGUUUUAGCCAUCGGCAUCUACACCUUUUUGAGAUCCAAAAAGUUGAGGGAAAAACUUGAGACUAGUGAUGAUGACAUUAGCCCCACGAAUUUAUUGCAAUAUGAUUUCAAGACGAUUAGAGAUGCAACAGAUAACUUUUCUGUUUCAAAUAAACUUGGACAAGGUGGAUUUGGUAUUGUUUAUAAGGGUAAGCUUUUCAAUGGACAAGAAAUAGCUGUGAAAAGGCUAACUCAAGGUUCGCAACAGGGAGACCUCGAAUUUAAGAAUGAAGUUUUACUGGUUGCCAAGCUGCAACACCGGAAUGUGGUUCGACUACUUGGCUUUUGCUUUGAGAGAAACGAAAGGCUUCUCAUCUAUGAGUUUCUAUCUAAUUCAAGCUUAGAUCGUUUCAUCUUUGAUCCAAUUCAACGUGAAUAUUUGGACUGGUCGAGACGAUACAAAAUUGUAGUUGGCAUCAGUCGCGGCCUCAUGUAUUUACAUGAAGAUUCUCGAUUCAAAGUGAUCCAUCAUGAUCUUAAGGCUAGUAAUAUUUUAUUGGAUGCAGAGCUAAAUCCAAAAGUCACUGAUUUUGGAAUGGCAAGAUUGUGUUCAAUCAGUCAAACUCAUGGUGAUACAAGUAAAAUUAAGGGAACAUAUGGAUAUAUGGCUCCAGAGUAUGCAUUGUAUGGACGUUUUUCAGUGAAAUCGGAUGUGUUUAGUUUUGGUGUGCUUCUUCUAGAGAUCAUAAGUGGCCAAAAGAACAGUUGCUUUCAAGAGGGAGAAAAUACAGAGCAUCUUCUGAGCUAUACGUGGAGAAACUGGAUGGAAGGGAAUGUGACAGCCAUCAUAGACCCAACACUGGCUAGAACUUGCAUUGAUGAAAUCAUCAGAUGCAUCCAUCUUGGAUUAUUAUGUGUUCAAGAAAAUGUAGCAAGUAGACCCACCAUGGCUUCAGUUGUUCUCAUGCUCAAGAACAACUCCUUCACUCUUCCUGUACCUUUGCGGCCCGGAUUUUGGUUGCAAAGCGAUACCAAAAACUUGCCACAGCAUCUUGAUGAUUACACAGAAGGAUCUCAGCAUAGUCUAUCUGAGAGCCCUUGUGGUGAAGCAGAAUCAACAAGCAGGUCUUGUAUUGGGAUGGAGGUCUUGUAAUCUGCAUUAAGCUUAAACUUCAUGUAACAUAUUUUUCUUUUCCUAUUUUCAACUCGAAUACUUUCAUAAUUGAUAAAUGUUCCAUCACAUGUUGAUUAAUAUAAUUAAUUAAGGGUUUGUUUAUAAA